AUGAGAGACCUCCACAAGUCUAGCGUGCUGGGAAGCAAGCACCGCAGCCUGAUGUCAUGGCGCCCGCAGUACCGCAGCUCCAAGUUUCGGAAUGUCUACGGGAAGGUGGCGAGCCGGGAGCACUGCUUCGACGGCAUCCCCAUCACCAAGAACGUCCACGACAACCACUUCUGCGCCGUCAACGCCCGCUUCCUCGCCAUCGUGACGGAGAGCGCCGGCGGGGGCUCCUUCCUCGUCAUCCCCCUCGAGCAGACAGGCCGGAUCGAACCAAACUACCCCAAAGUCUGCGGUCACCAGGGCAACGUGCUGGACAUCAAGUGGAAUCCCUUCAUUGAGAACAUCAUUGCGUCGUGUUCCGAGGACACUUCGGUGCGGAUCUGGGAGAUCCCCGAGGGUGGCCUGAAGAGGAACAUGACGGAGGCGGUCCUGGAGCUGUACGGGCACAGCCGGCGCGUAGGCCUCGUGGAGUGGCACCCCACCACCAACAACAUCCUCUUCAGCGCCGGCUACGACUACAAGGUCCUCAUCUGGAACCUGGACAUCGGGGAGCCGGUGAAGAUGAUCGACUGCCACACGGACGUCAUCCUCUGCAUGUCCUUCAACACCGACGGCAGCCUCCUGGCCACCACCUGCAAGGACAAGAAGCUGCGGGUCGUGGAGCCACGUUCCGGCAGGGUCCUGCAG